CUCAUGGCCUUGAUUCUGUUGCCAGGCGUGUGCCAGAGGAGCGAGUUCUGCAGGGCGGGGGGAAAAAAAGGGGAGAGCAAAGGAGAAGGUGAUGGGCGAGCAGUGGCUGAAACGAAGGCGGUGAGUGAAACGAAGGAGGGGGAGGGGGAGGAGGAGGAGGGAGAGGAGGAGGAGGAGGAGGAGGAGGAGGAGGAGGAGGAGGAGGAGGAGGAGGAGGAGGAGGAGGAGGAGGAGGAGGAGGAGGAGGAGGAGGAGGAGGAGGAGGAGGAGGAGGAGGAGGAGGAGGAGGAGGAGGAGGAGGAGGGAGGGGAGGAGGGCACGCACACCUUGAUUUGGAAGAGCACGAGGUACCAGGUCUGCAGGGCCUCGCCCGCCAUGCCGACCCACCCAUCCACCAUGAGCUGGUAGCGAUGACUGGCCAGAAGAAG